AUGCUCAGUCUCUUUCUCUUGUGCGAUCUGAGACCCAUCCUUACUGUAAACAACUUCGAGGUGGAGGAGCAGCUCUUCAGGCUUUACCAUUUUUCAGGAAUCGUCGAAGAGAUCGAAACACUGCGUGUCGAUGAAUUGCCAGCUCUAGGCAGACAUUAUUGGGAGGGCGAUGAGAUGUUGGAUUUCAUCCACGCUGUGCUGAUGCGAGUUAAGAAUGAACUUCAGAAAGUUCCAGAACUGACCGAGAUUAUAGUUGAGUAUUGUCCGACGACCCAAACAAUUACGUUUCGUAAAACCGACGUGACAAAGGAUCACUUUUUCCUUCCCGAUGAAUUCAUCAAGCGUUUCGCCGCCUAA